GGAGGAGGGAACCUUACAUCACGUGACAGGGGCGGCGCGGCCCGGGGUGUCAGUGUGGAGGAGACUGAGUAUUCUACCUUGUAAAUACUGUUAUUUGUAUAUACUGUAAAUGAUGACGUCGGUGGGCACGAACCGAGCCCGGGGAAACUGGGAACAACCUCAGAACCAAAACCAGACACAGCACAAGCAGCGGCCACAGGCCACUGCGGAACAGAUUCGACUUGCACAGAUGAUUUCAGACCAUAAUGAUGCUGACUUUGAGGAAAAGGUGAAACAAUUGAUUGAUAUCACAGGCAAGAACCAGGAUGAAUGUGUCAUUGCUUUACAUGACUGCAAUGGAGAUGUCAACAGAGCCAUCAAUGUCCUACUGGAAGGAAACCCAGAUACGCAUUCGUGGGAGAUGGUCGGGAAGAAGAAGGGAGUCUCAGGACAGAAGGAUGGUGGCCAAACGGAAUCCAACGAGGAAGGCAAAGAAAAUCGAGACCGUGACAGAGACUAUAGUCGGCGACGUGGUGGGCCACCAAGACGGGGGAGAGGUGCCAGCCGUGGACGAGAGUGUAUGCAUGGGGCUUUAACAAAACCAGCUGUGGUUCGGGGUCAGGAAAACGGAUUAGAUGGCACUAAGAGUGGAGGACCUUCUGGAAGAGGCACUGAACGAGGCAGAAGAGGACGUGGCAGAGGCAGAGGUGGCUCUGGUAGACGGGGAGGAAGGUUUUCUGCUCAAGGAAUGGGAACCUUUAACCCAGCUGAUUAUGCAGAACCGGCCAAUACCGAUGACAACUAUGGCAAUAAUAGCGGGAAUACGUGGAACAACACUGGCCACUUCGAACCAGAUGAUGGGACGAGUGCGUGGAGGACCGCGGCAGAGGAGUGGGGGACUGAAGACUGGAAUGAAGACCUUUCUGAGACCAAGAUCUUCACUGCCUCUAACGUGUCUUCAGUGCCUCUGCCUGCGGAGAAUGUGACAAUCACUGCUGGUCAGAGAAUCGACCUUGCUGUUCUGUUGGGGAAGACACCAUCUUCAAUGGAGAAUGAUUCCUCUAAUCUGGAUCCAUCUCAGGCUCCUUCUCUUGCGCAGCCUCUGGUGUUCAGUAAUUCAAAGCAGAGCGCCAUAACACAGCCCGCUUCAGGAAACUCAUUCUCUCAUCACAGUAUGGUGAGCAUGUUGGGGAAAGGGUUUGGCGAUGUCGGCGAAGCCAAAGGUGGCAGCACCACGGGCUCUCAGUUCUUGGAGCAGUUCAAGACUGCUCAGGCCCUGGCCCAGCUGGCGGCACAGCAUUCUCAGCCUGGAACCACCGCCACCUCCUCUUGGGACAUGGGCUCUGCCUCACAGUCCCCAUCGCUGGUGCAGUACGAUUUGAAGAACCCAGACGAUUCCACAGUACACAGCCCCUUCAGCAAACGCCAGGCUUUCACCCCAUCUUCAGCCAUGAUGGAGGUGUUCCUUCAGGAGAAGCCGCCCACGGUGGCCACCUCCACCGCUGCACCUCCACCGCCCUCUUCUCCUCUGCCGAGCAAAUCCACCUCGGCCCCACAGAUGUCUCCCGGGUCUUCAGAUAACCAGUCCUCCAGCCCUCAGCCGGCUCAGCAGAAAUUGAAACAGCAGAAGAAAAAGGCCUCCUUGACUUCUAAGAUUCCUGCUCUGGCUGUGGAGAUGCCUGGCUCAGCAGAUAUCUCAGGGCUAAACCUGCAGUUUGGGGCAUUGCAGUUUGGGUCAGAGCCUGUCCUUUCUGAUUACGAGUCCACCCCCACCACGAGCGCCUCUUCAAGCCAGGCUCCAAGUAGCCUCUAUACCAGCACAGCCAGUGAAUCUUCAUCUACAAUUUCAUCUAACCAGAGUCAGGAGUCCGGUUAUCAGAGCGGUCCAAUUCAGUCGACAACCUAUACCUCCCCAAAUAAUGCUCAGGGCCCUCUGUAUGAACAGAGGUCCACACAGACUCGACGGUACCCCAGCUCCAUCUCCUCAUCACCCCAAAAGGACCUGACUCAGGCAAAGAAUGGCUUCAGCUCUGUGCAGGCCACACAGUUACAGACCACGCAAUCUGUUGAAGGUGCUACAGGCUCUGCAGUGAAGUCUGACUCACCUUCCACUUCCGGCAUCUCCCCUCUCAGCGAGACGGUGUCCGCAGCCUCCUUGCUGACAGCGGCCAGUCAACACUCAUCCCCCCUGGGUGGCUUGAGCCACGGUGAGGAGAGUGCAAAUGCUCCCACCACACAACACAGCAGCACGUUAUCGACGCAGCAGAACACCCUCUCGUCAUCCACGUCUUCUGGGCGCACUUCUACAUCCACUCUUUUGCACACAAGCGUGGACAGUGAGGCGAACCUCCAUUCUUCCUCCAGCACUUUCUCCACCACGUCCAGCACGGUCUCUGCGCCUCCCCCAGUGGUCAGUGUCUCCUCCAGUCUCCACAGCGGCAGCAGCUUAGGCCUCAGCCUCAGCAGCAACUCCACCGUCACAGCCUCGACUCGGAGCUCGGUCGCUACGACUUCAGGAAAAGCUCCUCCCAACCUCCCUCCUGGGGUCCCGCCAUUGUUGCCUAAUCCAUACAUCAUGGCUCCAGGGCUGUUACACGCCUACCCGCCGCAAGUAUAUGGUUACGAUGACUUACAGAUGCUUCAGACGAGAUUCCCCUUGGAUUACUACAGCAUCCCAUUUCCCACGCCCACCACACCGCUGACGGGGAGGGACGGUAGCCUGGCCAGCAACCCCUACUCUGGUGACCUCACGAAGUUCGGCCGCGGGGAUGCCUCCUCCCCAGCCCCGGCCACAACCUUGGCCCAACCCCAACAGAACCAGACGCAGACUCACCACACGACGCAGCAGACAUUCCUGAACCCGGCGCUGCCUCCUGGCUACAGUUACACCAGCCUGCCAUACUACACAGGGGUUCCGGGCCUCCCCAGCACCUUCCAGUAUGGGCCUGCUGUGUUCCCUGUGGCUCCUACCUCUUCCAAGCAGCAUGGUGUGAAUGUCAGUGUGAACGCAUCAGCCACCCCUUUCCAACAGCCAAGUGGAUAUGGGUCUCACGGAUACAACACUGGUGUGUCAGUCACCUCCAGUAACACGGGCGUGCCAGAUAUCUCGGGUUCCGUGUACUCCAAGACCCAGCAGUCCUUCGAGAAACAAGGUUUUCAUUCCGGCACUCCUGCUGCCUCCUUCAACUUGCCUUCAGCCCUAGGAAGUGGGGGGCCCAUCAAUCCAGCCACAGCUGCUGCCUACCCACCUGCCCCUUUCAUGCACAUCCUGACCCCCCAUCAGCAGCCGCACUCCCAGAUCCUCCACCACCACCUGCAGCAGGACGGCCAGCUACCAUAUUUGCAGAUGAUUCUGUGUUGCCCGCGCCAGCAGGAGGAGCAGGUCCUGCCGUCUUGUCAUCGUUCCCCUGUUUAAAGGCUGGAAAUGCUUUCUUCCCUGUCCGAGGCACCCUAGCAGCUAUAGAAAUUAAAUGUUCUGUGGUUUGGAAGUAAACUUCAGAGCAGUUUCUCUAAGCAAGGGGAGAGCAAGAGUUUCCAGAUCUGCAUGUGAAGAUGUCACAGAUCUGUCCCACUAACUAGACACCUUUCUCCUCCUCCUCAUCGUCCCAUUCCCCGCAGACGGGCAGCGGGCAACGUAGCCAGACCAGCUCCAUCCCGCAGAAGCCCCAGACCAACAAGUCUGCCUACAACAGCUACAGCUGGGGGGCCAACUGAGGCCCUGAGCCUCUUCUCCUGGUCCCAUCUUCUGAGAGGGCUUCUCAGCCUGGCAACUACGGAAACGGCAUCAAAGAAAGGAAUGUGGGGGGGGGGGUUCUGCUGCCCCCCCCACCCCCAGCAGCCCACCCCAUGCCUCAGCUUCAUGUCUGUCCAUUCCCAUCCCACCCCCCACUCUGUUGUAUGUAUUAUAGGAUUUGUAUUUUCUCCUUUCCCUCCCCCCUUUCCUCUCUUCCUCCCCCCUUGCAUUCAAGAUUAUGAAACUUUGCUGUGGGCCCUGCCUUCCUUCUCCUCCUGUUCACCCUGGUGGUGUAUGGAUGAGGUGGGGAGGGGGGACCCCCAAAUAUAUAUCAGCCCAACAGCCCUAAGUCUCCUCCUUUAUUAUUAGGAAACAAGACAACAACAAAAAAUGGCGUCAUGAAUAUGAACAGCAUUGUCAGAUGAAUUAGUUGAAGUGUUCUUUUUUUUUUUUUUUUUGUACUGUGUCCUCAAAUUUAAUGGAUUAAUGUGUCUUGUAUAUAUAAAAAGAAAACCUCUA